CUGGUUUUACUCUUCAUGGUACUCUAAUGAAACUCAAUGAAAAGAAUUAAUUUUUACCAACCAUAGUAGUCCUCCUCGAACUCCUUACCGUGACCGGAUAUACUUCUUUAUAUCUCAAGAACCCAUUGUCGGAGGAGAGUACUCACAAAGGCAAAAUGAAUUAUGUGGACGAGACAUGAGGUCGAAACGAAUGUCUCGAAAAUGAAGUGUCGAAAGAGGGUGUACUGGUGAUAUCAAAACUUUCAGUUAUAAUAUAAAUAAUAAUAUUAAAUGUCUUUAUUGGCAACAAAGCAAAUACCAAAUAAUAUUUUUUAUUGAUACCUACAUCAAGAAUGAAAGGUGCAAAUUCAGGGACAGACACAAGCGCCGCUCCUGGUCUUCCAGUUUGACCCAAAUCACCAACGGGAAGGAAGAAAAAUUUACAAUUUGCAGAAUGGAGUGUCAGAUGAGUGUACUCUCAAAGGGCGGAAAGAACGUCUAGACGAGACACAUCUACUGGCGAUGUAAAAAGUUCACUGUGAAAAAAUUAUUUUAUGAACUGACAAGAAUACGUGCAUAGUCAAGCUACAACAUUGCGAGUGUAACACAUAAUAUACGAAUCCGUAAUAAAUGAAUUCCUUUGUUUUAUGUUGAAAAAAUAUCCCCCAAAUUGUGUUAGUUCACUUUCCUGUUUCAUAGAUAAGAUAGAAACAUCCUGUGAAAUUGCCAGUAGCAUUCAAACACAAGCGGAAUCAUGCCCAAUCAAAUAUUACUGUUUAAAGAAAUCGAAUCUUUAAAUAAUAAUCAAUUAAUUAACGCAUUAGAACUUAAUGGAUACGGCGAGUGCGUUGCCGCAAUUCGCGCUAAAAACAUAGACGGCGACCAAUUUUUGAAACUGACAGAGGUUCAAAUAUCUUUAUGGCGCCUUCCAAUUACACAAUCCCGUCGUUUGUGGAGCUUUAUUCAGCUCAUAAAAUCAGACCCAACUCAAUUACUACACACUGCCCGAACGAGUAAUCACAGUAAAUCAAAAAAUAUUACGAAGUUAAAGUCAAAUGAAAGUGUGGAAUCUUCGAAAGGAUCCUCACUAACAAAGCAAGAGAGCGUGUUACUUAGAAAUAAAUUAGAAGACAUGUUUAAAAAAGACAUUGAAGAAAUGCCCAAUCCAUCAUUCAUCCAUCAGCAAAGAUAUCCGCAACUACCGCUGAAGCCUAAACACUUGCAACAGAAAAGGGAAGAAACUCAGGAACCGAUGGACGAUAACGACGGAUAUUUAUCUCCAAUCCAUGUCGAGCCAAGACACGAAGAAACUUUCUUAAGUAAGUACCGCAGAGCAAGUGCAAGUUUUGAAAAAGACACGGAUAAACCCAAAUUGCCGCUUAGAGGCAGACCGCUACCACCAUUACCCAUACAGCAAACCCUACCCUCUAAUAAAGAUGAUCCAGAAGAGGAACUAGGAGAUUACACUCCUGUGAUUGAACCGCUCCCAAAUACUCCGACAAAUGAAGAGGAAUUACCGGAAUACACGCCGAUUGAGGACGAAAUUUUACCUACCACUCCCGUAAAACGUGCUUUACCACCGAUACCCACACAACAAGUUUUAGUCUCUACACCUAGGGAACCAAAUGUUACUAGUAUAAGACGAUUGAAACCGGUACCGCAAACGUCAGAUUUGGUGGCACCAGUUAAACAAAACUUACAAGUAAAGGUGAAAGCAUUACCGAAACCACCUAAAGAACUGCCACCUGAGCCCGUUUCACUUUUCGAAAAUGAAAGUUUGAUUGUGAAUAAAGCAACCGAGAUUGCAUUGUGUGCAACAAAUGCGGAGGACGACUAUUCCUCUGACGAAUAUGAUCAAGUUGGUGAUGAGUUGAAGAGCCUUUCGUACUAUCGUGAAACCGACCGCAAGGGCGCGCGGAUGCUUCUAACCGGUCUUGAAGAAGGUGCAUUUGUGAUCCGGCCAAGUCGUCAGAACAAAUAUCUCUGUACAAUUUCAAUUAUGCACACAAAGAAGAUGUUUAACAUUGGCAUUGAAAGAAACAGCGACAGCACCCUCACAUUCGGGGAUUUAAAUGAAAAUACGAAUCUGCCCCCAUUUUACACAAUAAAAGACAUCAUCAAUUAUUUCACCACAAAUCCGAUACCAUUAUAUGGUGAAUAUGUACAACUCAAAAACAUAUUACCGCCAAAUAAACGUUAAAAGACUUAAA